AAAAUGGGAAGGCCUCCUUGUUGUGAUGAGAAUGGUCUCAAGAAAGGGCCUUGGACUCCUGAAGAAGAUCAAAAGCUUGUCCAAUACAUCCAAAAGCAUGGCCAUGGAAGUUGGAGAGCUCUCCCUAAGCUUGCAGAUCUUAACAGAUGUGGGAAGAGCUGUAGAUUAAGGUGGACAAAUUACUUAAGGCCUGAUAUCAAGAGAGGCAAAUUCUCUCAAGAAGAAGAACAAACAAUUCUCCACCUCCACUCCAUCCUUGGCAACAAAUGGUCAGCAAUAGCAACCCACCUACCGGGACGAACCGACAACGAAAUCAAGAACUUCUGGAAUACCCACUUGAAGAAGAAGCUGAUUCAGAUGGGUUUUGAUCCCAUGACCCACCAACCAAGAACUGACCUUUUUUCCAGCCUUCCUCAUCUUAUGGCCUUGGCUAACCUAAGUGACUUGAUGGAGAAUCACCCAUUAUUACGAGCGGAGGCUCACGUGGCUAGGCUUCAGUACUUGCAAUAUAUUUUCCAAUCUGCAACUAAUUCAGUGACCAACACAUCAUUUUGUCAAGGUGGGAUGACAGACAUGGAGGUUCUGGAACUACUCAACUCAAUCAAACAAAACCAAUCAGUAAUGCAAAUGGAGGACCAGCCCUCCUCCUCAAUUUCCAUAGGAAAUAUUAAUGGUGGUGCAGAUCAACCACUCCACCACCAUCAAAACAUAAGUCCUCCUUUAUCCCACUUUUCAAACCCACAACAAGUCGCUUUCCAAACAUCUCUGAUCAUGACUAAUGGGAUCAUUGACCAAACUAAUAGUAUUAUGGCAGAUCAUAACCUAUCUGAUGCUCCUAUAUGGGUUAAUCUUCCAUCUCCUACUGAUCCUUCUGUGCCUCCAUCGAUGACCGAAACACCACCACUGAUGAACAAUCUGGCCGGCGAUGCUAGCACUACUACUACUUCUAGCUAUGGUGGAGAGAGUACUUCUUCUUUGUGUUGGAAUCAAUUUUCUUUUGAAGAUUCUAUUUUGCAAGAGCUUUUGUAGUUUGGCUUGGAUCACACGGUUGCAUGUAACUUCUUGCGAAAAUGAUAAACAUCCCAACAAUUGAGAUUUCAGUUAUCCCAACUAUUGAGUUGGAUGCACAGAAUCCAGUGAAUUCAUGAGUUCCGCAUGUCUCACAUGAUGCAGGUGAAAUCUUGUGUGUACAACUGAACAACUGAGAUAAUUGGGAUACCAAUUAUUGAGAUGUCUAGCAUAACUGAUAUUGUCAUAUACUCUUCUGUUACAGUGUUAUACUUUGUAAGUUUGUAUACCAUCCCACAUCUUCCCUCUUAUAUAUAUGUAAUUAAGUUCAUACAUCAUAAA